GAGGCGGAGCGCGUCGCAGGCUGCUCCCGUCAGUUCCUGAGGCGGGGACGGCGGCGGCCGCAGUUCUAGUUGACAAUGGCAUCGACACUGAACCAGAAAGAAGCCCCUGGCAACCAAAGCUCAUGGGAAACUUUGCUGCCAGAUUUCCCUAAAGGGCCACUUUGCAGCUAUCGUAAGAAGGCUUCCUUUGACUGGAGAGAGCUGGCAGUGCUACUGGAUGGUGAAGAUAUCAUUCAGCUUAAGAACAGAGUCUUCUCUUCACUGGAGAGUGAUCCCCUCUUUGCACAUCAUCAUGGAGAAGAUCUGUGCCGUGAGAAAUACCAGGAGCUGACUUUCCUGCGCUUGAAAAGGCUCUUUGAGUAUGACUUUGUUACUCAACAGGAGGCUAUGGAGAACCCACUGAAGUUACUGACUAUGGUAGUCUGUGUAGGAAUGUAUGACUGGUCUGUAUGUCUCCAGUACUGCUUACAUUGUGGGGUGUUUGGAGGUGCAAUUCUGAGUGCUUCUAACAGAUUCACAGACAUCAUUAAAAAGGUUUACAGCAUGGAGAUUUUUGGAUGUUUUGCUCUGACUGAACUCAGCCAUGGAACCAACACCAAAGGCAUCCGGACUACUGCCACCUUUGAUCCUAACACUCAGGAAUUUAUCAUCCAUACUCCUGACUUUGAAGCUGCGAAGGUCUGGGCUGGUAACAUGGGGAAGCAUGCCACACAUGCAGUUGUGUAUGCUCAGCUCUAUACCCCUGAUGGCCAGUGCCAUGGGUUGAAUUCAUUCAUUGUACAGAUUCGAGACACAAAAACUCUCCUGCCAAUGCCAGGUGUGAUGGUAGGAGAUAUAGGGAAGAAAGUUGGGCAGAAUGGGUUGGAUAAUGGAUUUGCCAUGUUCCACAAGGUCAGGAUACCAAAAGAGAACAUACUGAAUGUAGCUGGAGAUGUCACAGCUGAGGGGAAGUACUCAAGUGCAGUCCAGGAUGCCAAAGAGCGUUUCAGUGCAGCUCUGGGAUCCCUGUCCACAGGCAGAAUUAUGAUCACAACCAUUUCCAUCACCAAUUUAAAGCUUGCCUUGUCCAUAGCCAUUCGCUUCUCAGCAGCCCGCCGUCAAUUUGGGCCAACUGAGGAUGAGGAAAUCCCAGUUCUGGAGUACCAAACACAGCAAUGGCGCCUGCUGCCUUACCUAGCUGCUGCAUAUGCCUUAGAUCACUUCUCCAAAUCCCUCUUUGAGAACUUUGUGGAAUUUUAUGCAGGCUUAUUGACAAAGCAAAGGAGUCAGAGGCAGGCUGAUAUGGGACGUGAGAUUCAUGCCUUAUCUGCUGCCAGCAAACCACUGUCAUCUUGGACUGCUCAGCAGGCAGCCCAGGAGUGCAGAGAAGCUUGUGGAGGACAUGGUUACCUUGCCAUGAAUCGCCUGGGCGAGAUCCGCAACGACAACGAUCCCAACUGCACGUAUGAGGGAGACAACAACGUCCUGAUCCAGCAAACCAGCAACUAUUUAAUCAGCUGGAUGAGCUGCAUAAGAGAUAAAGCUUCUUUUGAAUCCCCUUUUGGAACAAUCAACUUUUUGCAAGACUACCAUCAUAUCCUUGGCUGGAAAUUCACAGCCAGCAGUGCUGAAGAAUGCAUGGACUCCUCAGUUCCUUUAGCAGCAUAUCAGUGGCUGGUUUGCUACCUGCUCCGAGAAAGCGACCUGAAGCUGAGCAAGGAGAAGCAGUCUGGGAGAGGUGACUUUGAGGCAAAAAACAAUUGUCAGGUGUAUUACUGUCGGUCCUUAGCCAUUGCCUUUAUUGAGCAAACAGCCCUGCAGAGGUACCAUGACUACACUCAUGACCCCAGCAUCUCACCUGCUCUGCAGCCAGUGCUGAAGAAUCUCAGUGCUCUCUAUGGACUCUGGUCUUUAAGCAAACAUCUGGCUGUGCUCUAUCAAGGUGGCUAUGCUGCAGGUGAACACGCUGGGAAGUUUAUUCAGAAUGCCAUUCUGGAGCUGUGCUGCAGGCUGAAAGAUGAUGCAGUUGCCUUGGUUGAUGUCUUUGCUCCUCCUGAUUUCAUUCUCAACUCUCCCAUCGGUAAAGCUAACGGAGAGUUAUAUAAAAAUAUGUGGACAGAGAUCCUUCAGGGCAGCAAAGCUCUGAGCAGACCUUCAUGGUGGGCAGAGUUUUGUAUUAAUAAGCCUGUGGCAGGCAGGCUGAGGUCAAGAUUGUAAACCAAACAACUUGUAGGAGGCUGGAUGGGCCUGAGAUGGAUGCAGACAUCAGGAGAAAGCAGAACACAUGUCAAGCACUGAAAAUGAAAGAGACUUCUGUAGAGAAGUGCCAAGUUGUAAGACAACUUUGAAAUCAAGUCCAAGCUGAUCUCAGGGACUGUUAACAUAACAAUGACAGGAGCAAGAGCAGCACAUCUGUGCACUGUUCACGUUGACUCAGCUCAAUGCAUAAAACUGAAGACCCAUUGUGAUUGCUGCUUCGCAGAGGCCCUAUCAAAGCAACGUUCAAUCAGCCUUUGCUGUCCUGUUGCAGAAGUGAAAUGCUUCAAAACCAUUUCCCACCAGGGAUUAUGAAUAAGCUGAACAAAAGCAAAAUAAAAGAGAAUUUGAAAGAAGGAGAUAAAAAAGAAACCAAACCCAGCACCAAGAACACCAACAGCGCUAAACCUGUGUUAAGGGAUGGGAAUCAUUUCCAGCAGCUUCUUUGAAGUCUGUGAAGCUGGUCUGAUUUUCUUCAGAUGCCUCUGUCUUCAACUCCUGAGGAGGGCUGGGAUUAGAGAUAAUCUGUCUAAAUUGUGUCUUGAUUCUGCAGAUAAAAUUAAUUGAAGACAACUUGUUUAUGCCUCUCCUUUCAAACACUUAUGGCAAUGCAAACGUGCGAGA